AUAUUAUUUGUUAAAACUCGCUAAAAGCGACUUAAAAAAAAUAUUAUUAAGCGCGGUGUUUCGAUUUUUGUUUUGGUUACCAGAAAUAUGUUAGACAUUAAAAGACCAAAAAACUAUCAUGGCAAAACAAUUAUUUGUGGGGACUCAACUGUUGGGAAGACAGCUAUAAGCCAGCUCCUGUGCUCUGAUGGUUUGCAAUUUCCAAAAUCGUAUUUAAUGACUACAGCAGUUGAAUUGGUUGUAAAGACUGUUGUGAUUCCCAAUACUGAGGAUACAGUUGAAAUGUUAUUGUAUGAUACACCUGGAAAAGAUAUUUUUAAAGACUUUGUGCAAAUGCAUCUUCAGAAUGUCUGUAUGGUAGCAUUCGUUUAUGAUAUCGCUAACCGGGAUUCAUAUGAAAGCUUACCUUCCUGGGAAAAAAAAGUGGAAUCACAAAACCCUAACUUUAUUGGCGUAAUCAUUGCUAACAAAUCUGAUUUAACUGAUCGAUCAGAAGUUUCAGCUGAAGAAGGCGAACUUAUGUCACACAAGUUAAAUAUGCCUAUUUUUCAUUGCUCAGCGAAAGACAAUGAUAACAUCGAGACACCGUUCCUUCAUUUAGCUAAGCUGUUUUACGAGAACGAAUCAAAAAAAUCGUUUUGAGUCUGAUUUGAUACAUUAAUUUUUAUUAUAUAUGUAACGAGUUAAAUAUUUGUUUUUUAAUCUAAUAAAAAUCUCUUUUGAUCGACUCUUAUCGCUAAAUUCAAAUUUUUUUUGUUAAGGUUCCAUCGUGUCUAAAUGCUUCGCUCAGUAAUAUGAUAAUAUGUAAUAUAUUAUGCUUUUUAGUGUCUAUGUGUUUUAUUUAUAGAAAUUUUAAAUAAAAUAUUAAAUUUAUUUAUAAAUAUGAUUGUAAAUAAAUAUUGUAACAGUGAAUUUUAUUUUAUACUAUAUUAAAUACUAUGCAAUAGAAA